AUGGUGGCCAGAUUCGAACUCAAAAAGGAUGAAAUAGGCAAGGAAGAGGGAGCCAGAUAUGUUAUGCGCAUACAUGCGCAGUUCAAGCAGUUUUAUGACGGAUACGAGAGUCUUGAAGACUUCGACCACAAGGCAGAAACAGUUCAGGAGAAACUCGAAGAGCUUGACUGGGGUGUAGCCACAUCCGCCUUGCCCCCCAGACAUGGCAUCUUUGGACUACUACCUUUUCUGCUCGAUCCACCACAAGUUUGCUGA